CGCGCACAGCAAACAACUUCAAAAACGAUCACAUGGAAUCGGAAAUGCUGAUUUCUUUUUCACUGGCCUAUGGAUUUUAAUAUGGCCGUUGACAGUGAUUCCGAGCGAGAUGAUUUAACAUCAACACCAGACAUGGUUGAUGUGCCCAUUCUAGAAGACACUAAAGAGAGUAAGGCAUCUCAGGAGCAGGAUGACAGAGGGGAUAAGGAGGAGAAGAAGGAGGAGGAAAAGGAGAAUGGCUCAGAGGACCUUAUCUCACCUGUGAGGUGUGGUAGUGACCAGGACAUGCGCACACCACCUCUAAACUGCCGUCCAAGAUCACGCAUUGGACCUAAGGCCAUCAGCACUGAUAUAGUUUACAGUACCUGUACGCCUAAGAGAAAGAAGACAGGACCAGGACCAAGACAGGUCAUCAGCAGUGGUAAAGUCCUGUGUGCGGGUGAGGCUCUGGUGAAUCAGGCACAUAGUGUCCAAGAAACUUCCUGUCCCCUUGGAUUGGAUGCCUCACCACCACCAGCUGACAGCAUGCUGACUAAGACUCCGGUGCAGCGCAAACCCGCGAAAGACCCCCUGCUGGAGCGUAUGAUGGACUGGAGCGUUCGCCAGCUCCUGAUGCUGGAGCCAGCUGAUGUGUACGUUGUAAGAGAGGCUGCGGUGGAAAAUACCCUUCCCUUGAAAACCGUGAGCCCUCCUGAGACGAACACUGAAUGUCCACUGAAGAUCAUCAGCGGUGGUGAAGUCUCUGGAACUGCUGCACCUAAGAGGAUUAAGAUCCCUAAACAGGUCAUCACCAGAGACAGAGUGUAUAGCAAUGUUGAGCAUACCAGGAAGAAGAUCCCGAGACAGCUGACCCUCCCACCAAAGUUGCCGCCUCUGCCACCCAUUCAUCAGCCUAUGGCAUCCAGGCUGCCAUCCUUGGACAUGCCCAUCCUGGCACCACAGCAGAGCAUCGCCCCUUUGCCCCCCAUUCAGAGCCAGGCAGCUCAGGAGCAGGAGGAGAAGAAGGAGGAUGAUAUAGAGGACAUUAUCCCUCUCAUGAUUACGUCUGGUGGUAACCAGGAGGAGAAGGAGGAGAAGGAGGAGGAGAAGGAGGAGGAAGUACCUGUUGUGUGCAGAGCAAACGCAUGGUCUGCUGUCACUGAGGAGGUUGUCAACACCUCGAAAAAGCAGAGAAGCUCCAAGUGGAGGAGGUUUUUCUGCUGCUUCAGAAGCAGUGCUAAUGUCUUGGCUGCGGGUGAGACUCUGGUGGAUCAAACACAGGAUCAGGUGCAGGAACUCCCUGCAGGAAUUCCCCUUGGACUGGACACCUCACCAAGACGGAGAAGCUUCAAGUGGAAAAGGUUUUUCUGCUGCUUCUCCCCGGUGGAGUAGAACCGCCACAACCUCAAUGCCUUCUGCUACCACAACCACCUACGUCCCUAUACCUUCCUAACCCUCAUACCGUACCCCAGCCUAAAAUUGUAUGGUAACCUGCUAAAGGAGAUUUUCUUUUUUUUCUCCAUUUAAAUUUUUAUUAUUUUUUCACAAUUAUAUAACACAGACAUAGACAAAUACCUUCACAUACACAAUGCUAGAGGAGAUUUUCAAG